AUGGCCAUUAUUUAUGGCAGUUCUAAAAAGAAUGUUGGCUCUAAAGCAGAAGUUGCUGAGUGUAAGGAGAAGUUUGCCACAUCGAAAGACCCCACAGUCAGUCAGACUUUCAUGUUGGAUAGGGUGUUCAACCCUGAGGGGAAAGCUUUGCCGCCGAUGAGGGGAUUCAAAUAUACUAGCUGGUCCCCCAUGGGUUGUGAUGCAAAUGGCAGGUGCCUCUUGGCGGCACUGACCAUGGACAAUCGCCUGACCAUCCAGGCUAACCUCAACAGACUCCAGUGGGUCCAGCUGGUCGAUCUGACAGAGAUUUAUGGAGAACGUCUUUACGAGACCAGUUACAGACUCUCUAAAAAUGAGGCUCCGGAAGGGAAUCUCGGGGACUUUGCGGAGUUUCAGAGGCGACACAGCAUGCAGACUCCGGUCAGGAUGGAGUGGUCGGGCAUCUGCACCACCCAGCAGGUCAAGCAUAACAACGAGUGCCGGGACGUAGGCAGCGUGCUCCUGGCGGUCCUCUUUGAGAACGGCGACAUUGCCGUGUGGCAGUUUCAGUUGCCCUUUGUAGGGAAGGAGUCCAUCUCUUCGUGCAACACGAUCGAGUCCGGAAUCAACUCUCCCAGUGUUUUGUUUUGGUGGGAAUAUGAGCACAAUAAUCGGAAAAUGAGCGGCCUUAUCGUGGGGAGUGCUUUUGGACCUGUAAAAAUCCUGCCCGUCAAUCUCAAAGCAGUUAAAGGCUAUUUCACUCUAAGGCAGCCUGUUGUCUUGUGGAAAGAGAUGGACCAGUUGCCAGUGCACAGCAUUAAAUGUGUCCCGCUCUAUCACCCUUACCAGAAGUGUAGUUGCAGCUUGGUGGUGGCAGCAAGAGGAUCCUAUGUGUUUUGGUGUCUUCUUCUGAUCUCCAAAGCAGGCCUCAACGUUCACAAUUCCCACGUCACAGGGCUUCACUCGCUGCCGAUCGUCUCCAUGACUGCGGACAAGCAGAACGGGACGGUGUAUACUUGUUCCAGUGACGGGAAGGUGAGGCAGCUGAUUCCCAUUUUCACAGAUGUGGCGCUAAAGUUUGAACACCAGCUAAUUAAACUCUCGGAUGUGUUUGGCUCCGUGAGGACGCACGGGAUAGCGGUGAGCCCCUGCGGCGCGUACCUGGCCGUCAUUACGACCGAGGGCAUGGUCAACGGCCUCCACCCCGUUAACAAAAACUACCAGGUCCAGUUCGUUACUCUCAAAACCUUUGAGGAGGCAGCUGCUCAGCUCCUGGAGUCUUCUGUUCAGAAUCUCUUCAAGCAGGUUGAUUUAAUAGAUCUGGUUCGCUGGAAGAUUUUAAAAGAUAAACACAUCCCGCAGUUUUUACAAGAAGCUUUGGAAAAAAAGAUCGAAAGCAGUGGGGCCACGUAUUUUUGGCGUUUCAAACUGUUCCUCUUGAGGAUUUUGUAUCAGUCGAUGCAGAAAACCCCUUCAGAAGCAUUAUGGAAACCGUCCCACGAGGACUCCAAAAUCUUACUCGUUGACUCCCCUGGGAUGGGCAAUGCCGAGGAGGAACAAGAGGAAGGCACUUCCAGACAGGCCAGUAGGCAGGGCCUUCAGGAGAGGAGCAGAGAGGGCGAUCCCGAGGACCCCAUCGACGACUCGCUGACCCCAUCUGGAGACGCCGGGGGCCGGGAGCCGAUGGAAGAGAAGCUCCUGGAGAUCCAAGGGAAGAUCGAAGGCGUGGAAAUGCACUUGACCAGGGAGCACAUGAAGCGGGUCUUAGGAGAAGUGUACUUGCACACCUGGAUCACAGAGAACACGAGCAUCCCCACCAGGGGCCUCUGCAACUUUCUGAUGUCUGACGAGGAGUACGAUGACCGCACGGCACGGGUGCUGAUUGGACACAUCUCAAAGAAGAUGAACAAACAGACCUUCCCUGAGCACUGUAGUUUGUGUAAAGAGAUCUUGCCAUUCACAGAUCGCAAACAGGCAGUCUGCUCCAAUGGCCACAUCUGGCUCCGGUGCUUCUUAACCUACCAGUCCUGCCAGAGUCUGAUCUACAGAAGGUGUUUGCUCCAUGACAGCAUCGCCCGCCACCCAGCUCCAGAAGAUCCUGACUGGAUUAAGAGGUUACUGCAAAGCCCUUGCCCUUUCUGCGAUUCUCCCGUCUUCUGA